UAUUUAAUCAAAGUUCUGCUCUGGGAGUAAAAGAAUCCAAAUUCUCUCCAGACAAGAAUUCCAACUUAUAAGUAGCUCAUGAAAGAGAGGAAAAAAUGAGAUGAAAACUCUAAUAUUUUUUGGUGGGUUAUUUGAAAUAAUGAUGGAUACAGAAGCUAGGACUACACAAGACUCAAAAUUCACAAAUUUCACCUCAAACCUGUAUAUUUUAGAGAACACAUUCCAUCUCCUGAACAAGAAGGAUCAUUGCUCACAUGAAAUUUCACAGUGUGAAAAUCUGGCUCUCUUGUUUUUUCCUCCAAAUCGUGAGGGUUUAUUCAUAAAGGAGAGGCCGUGUCUGCCUGCAGCCACGAAGAGCAGGUUCAGCCCAUGGCCUCACAUUUAGUGCUGCUUUUCCACGUCAUGUGCAGGCCUGCUCCUCAGCACCUGCUUUUUGGGCAUAGCUUUGGAUGCUGUGAAGGCUUUUUCAGUGUCCAGGAGGACAAAUGUCACCUUUGAGGUCAUUUUUUACCACAGCAAGUGUUUGCUACCAAUUUUUUGGCACCUCGUUUUCUGAGGGGGAGAGCCUUGGAGUUUGGAUGACAGGGAUGCAGGAGGAGGAAGACCCCAAAAGAAAGGAUGGAUUGUGAUGAAAUGUGGAUCCAGCCACUCCAGGUGAAUCAAGGCAGUUAGAAUAAUAUGAUUUCCAGCUGGGUAUGAGCCUGUUGGUGCAAAGAACUGCAAAGGAAGUGCUUCUCAGGAGGUGCAGUGAAAGACACACAAGUUGUGUCUAAAUGUUACAGAAGAAGCUUCUGAGGAAGGAUGCCUUUGUGGCAUUCCAUGUCAACAAGGUGCUGGUGAGCAAGUACUUGAAGCCACUGCAGAUUGGGGAGCUGGCACCAGACCAACCCAGCAUUGAGCCCACUAAAAAUGAAAUGCUGGUGAAAGAUUUCCGGGAAUUGCGCGCUACAGUUGAGAGAAUGGGACUGCUGGAGCCAAACCAACUCUUCUUCUUCCUGCUCCUGGCUCACAUUCUGCUCUUGGAUACAGCUGCCUGGCUCAUCCUCUUCUACUUUGGGACAUCCUUACUGCCCUUCAUUUUCUCCCUGUUGCUGCUGACCAUUUCCCAGGUCCAGGCUUCCUGGUUACAGCAUGAUUUAGGACACCUCUCAGUAUUCAGGAAAACCAAGUGGAACCACUUGCUACACAAGUUUGUGAUGUGCCAUUUGAUUGGGGCCUCGGCCAAGUGGUGGACGCUCCUGCACUCCCAGCACCAUGCCAAACCCAACUGCUUCCACAAGGACCCUGACAUUGAUAUGCACCCUUUCCUCUUCACUUUGGGGAAGAAAUUCUCUGUGGAGCUUGGGAUCAAAAAGAAAAAAUACAUGCCCUACAACCACCAACACAAAUACUUCUUCAUCACUCUACCUCCCCUCCUGUUCCCCACCUACUUCCACUGCCACACAUUCUACAUUGCCUACACAAAGAAGUACUGGGUGGACUUGGCCUGGAUGCUGACCUUCUACAUCAGAUUCUUUUAUACUUAUGGAUCUUUAUUAGAAACAAAAAGUCUCCUGGCAUAUUAUUUUAUAUUCAGGAUGCUGGAGAGCAGCUGGUUUGUCUGGGUCUCACAGAUGAACCACAUCCCAAUGGAUAUUGACUACGACAAGAAUUUGGACUGGGUGUCUACUCAGCUCCAAGCAACCUGCAACGUGGAGCAGUCACUCUUCAAUGACUGGUUCACAGGGCACCUCAAUUUCCAGAUUGAGCAUCACCUGUUCCCCUCCAUGCCACGGCACAACUACUGGAAGGUGGCCCCUCUGGUGAAGUCCCUGUGUGCCAAGCAUGGCAUUGAGUACCAGUGCAAGCCUCUGCUCACAGCCUUCGCAGACAUCGUGCAGUCCCUGAAAACCUCGGGAGAGCUCUGGCACGAUGCCUACCUGCACAAAUAAAGGACAAACCUUGGUGCUACCAUUCAGAGCCUGCCACAGCUGCAUUCCCAGCAAGCUGAGGGGCAGGGAUCACAAGGGACUCUCUGGCAGAACAAAGUGAGUAAGGACUGAGGGAUAAAAUUCCAGUAGAGAUGAAGCUGCCUGAAUUUUUCUUCUGGUUUUUCCUAGGGUUAUGGUUCAGAUAUGUUAAGAGUGGGCAGGGCAAGCAGAAGGUGAAUUGUUAGGAGAGGAAGGAGCUCUUUGCUGACUCAGUCUGAGCAUUUCUGAGCCUGGGCACAGGCUCAAGUCAGAUCAUGGACUGGUGGAGCUGCACACACUUAACUUCAUGUCAGAGGCCGCUAAUCAUGGUGGGGUUUUUUUGUUUGGUUGGUUUUGUUUUUUUUUUUUUUGUUCCAUUUUGUUUUCCUCAUGUGGAGGAUUUAAUGCUUGAUACAGCAUUUGCUUACUUGAAUUUGAAAUUGUCAAGGAUUUUGGAUUAACAUGGUGUUCCAGCAAUGUGUUUAAAGUACAAUAAAUUAGGAUAAACUACAAACAACACUUAGACUGUAGCAAGUGCACAUGCAGUGAAUAAAAACAUAAAUGUGUUUCCA